UGCUUAAAAGGAGAAUAACACAUCUAUACCGCAGAGCAUAAGGAUAGAGCAAGCGACGAAGACCCCACACGCGCCGACACCACCGAACCUUCCUGGCCCCACAUUCCGAGAUCAUCUUCCGUAAGGCUGGUCACACGCAAGCAUCUAUAAUCACGAUCACAACAACGAUACAAAGGCACAACCAGCCAUUAAGCAUUUUCCAAACACUUCAGAACCCAAAAUUCAAAUCAGACAACACCGAAAUGGCACCCUCAACACACGCCCUCUCCCACCUCCGUACAUACUCAACCCGCCAUCUUCCACGCGACCCACACUACCGCCUCAAAGCUACCUUGGCAACGAGCUAUGUAGUCUCAGCUCUUGCACUACCCUUUGUGCCGCCGCUGUUGGAGACCAGGAGGGCUAAGGCAGAUGGGAGUUAUUUGACGAGGUAUGGAGAAUGCGUACUGUUCGUCACAGACUCUUGGGUGUGCAAGGUGAUUGGUUUAGUGUGGACUUCUUUUACAGCGGUGUAUUGGCUUCACAUUUACUGCGAUAUUUUUCCACAUUCCCGGCGUUCGUUCAUUCUUGGGAGGAUCCACAUAGAAACCGCGAUCCGAUUUUGCGAGUGCAGCAUGAGCACCUAGCAGCUACUGUUGGUGAUCAGGGUAACAUUUUUGAUAAUACAUGCAUUAUUAAAACUAUGUUUGAGUGCCAAUGAUAC